AUGGGCUGCUUCUUCUUCCCCAAAGGAGCUGACUGUAGACAGAAGAGGAGGAAGAAGAAGAUAAGAACAGUUUCUCCCGGUUCCGGUUUAUCUUCUUCUUGGACGUAUUUAAAGCGAGUUUUCGUAUCCACGACGAGGAUAUGCAAAUCCCGCAGCCAAACACACCCUAACGGUCAGUUAGCGACUCUGACUUCCGCCAGAUCGUCUCAGAACUCUCUCGUCACUCUCGUCCAACCGGAGACGAUAAAUCAACCCGACCCAGAAACCCGUAUAGAAAACGGGUUCUCGGAUAUAACUUCGUCGGGUUCUCUGUUUCUCCCUCUGCGCGAUGAGAUUUUCCCUUGCAACGCGUGCGGAGAGAUUUUCCACAAAAUCAACCUCCUCGAGCAGCACAUCACGGUUAAACACGCCGUAUCUGAGCUAAUCGACGGCGAAUCGAGCACGAACAUCGUGAAGAUCAUAUUCAAAUCGGGUUGGCCCGAACAUGGUAACAAAUUCCCGGAGAUCCAACGAAUCCUGAAAAUCCACAACAGCUCAAAGAUUCUCACGAGAUUCGAGGAGUACCGAGAGUUCGUCAAGGCGAAAGCCUCUCGUAGCAGCAUCAACGGCGGAGGAAGACGAUGGGACGAUGAACGGUGCGUCGCCGACGGGAACGAGCUCUUGAGAUUCUAUUGCUCGACGUUCAUGUGUAACCUAGGGCAAAACGGUAGUUCCAAUCUCUGCGGCCAUCAGUACUGCAGCAUCUGCGGGAUCAUCGGAUCCGGGUUCUCGCCGAAGCUCGACGGAAUCGCGACGCUCGCGACGGGAUGGAGAGGACACGUGGCGGUUCCGGAGGAGGUGGAGGAAGAGUUUGGGUUUAUGAACGUGAAACGGGCGAUGCUGGUAUGUCGGGUCGUAGCGGGUCGGGUCGGGUGUGAUUUGAUCGCGGAUGAUGACGUGGACAAGAGCGAUGGAGGGUAUGAUUCUCUUGUUGGGCAAGGGACAGGGAACAAGAGUGGGGCCCUUUUGAGGAUCGACGAUGAGGAGCUUCUCGUGUUUAAUCCAAGGGCUGUGCUUCCUUGUUUUGUGAUAGUGUAUACUGUGUAA